AUGCUUAGAUCCAGAGUUCCUAUCAGAGCAUUGCAUAACACUGUCAGAGCGUUCGCCAAGAACGACCCUUCCACCAUCGACUCCUACAGAUUGCCUUCGCAGACGUCUAUCAAUGAAUGGGAGUUCAAGUACGACUAUAUCCCCAAGGUGAGCCAGCCAAAGAUCCCUCCAGUGUCGCCAGAGGCUGUGAAGCAGGACAUUGCCCACAACAAGAAGCAGCAGGUUGAGCACGAGUUGUUUGCCAAGGAGCUGAACUCGUCGAUCAAGGUGGAGGCCAAUGAUGCUGAUGUGAUCCAUGGCGGUGAGUCUGUUUCCACAGAACCAGUGAACCUUCAGGAACCGGGCUCCAAGCCUGUGGAUGUUGCUAACAAGCACGCUGGCAAGCCAAGCAAGACUCCUAACACUGAGAAGUACGUUCAGUCUUCUACCAAUCCCGAGAUUAACCAGGCCUCCGUGGUGAACAUGGGAGAGAACGAGGUCGACCAUAAGGUCAGUCCGGUUAACCCACAAGAGAGAGUUGAGAACGACGUGGAACACGACGAGGUGAAGAGCUCUGGCUCGAGCGUCAACCCAACCACGGUUCUUGCCGUUUUGGGCUUGGGCGGUAUCGCCGGCUACUUUGCCUUUGGCCUGGGCCCUCGUGAAAGCAAAUCCGAAGCUAAGAAAUAA